AAACAUCUGCUUUUUGUCUUGCAGUACGUUCAAGCAGAUGCUCCUACCAAUAAAACAUUGGCUGGGCUGGUGGUGCAGCUGCUGCAAUUCCAGGAAGAUGCCUUUGGAAAACACGUCACCAAUCCUGCCUUCACAAAGCUUCCUGCAAAGUGCUUCAUGGAUUUCAAAGCUGGAGGUACAUUAUGUCACAUUCUUGGUGCUGCUUACAAAUAUAAGAAUGAACAGGGCUGGAGGAGGUUUGACCUGCAGAAUCCCUCCCGCAUGGAUCGCAACGUGGAGAUGUUCAUGAACAUUGAGAAAACACUGGUGCAGAACAACUGUCUGAGCAGACCAACCAUCUACCUCAUUCCUGACAUGGAGCUGAAGCUGGCCAACAAGCUGAAGGACAUUGUCAAGCGUCACCAGGGAACAGUCACUGAAGAGAAAUCCAAGGCCACCCACCAUGUGUAUCCAAGUCCUACCUCAAUGGAUGAUGAUGAGUGGUUGAGACCUGUGAUGAAAAAGGACAAGCAGGUGCUGGUGCACUGGGGCUUUUUUCCAGACAGCUACGACACCUGGGUCCACGCCAACGAGCUCGACGCGGAGAUCGAAGAUCCCCCGAUUCCCGAGAAACCCUGGAAGGUUCACGCCAAGUGGAUUUUGGACACCGAUGUGUUCAAUGAGUGGAUGAAUGAAGAGGAUUAUGAGGUGGAUGAGAACAGGAAAUCCGUGAGUUUUCGCCAGAGGAUCUCCAUGAAGAAUGAAGAGCCCGUGCGGAGCCCUGAGAGGAGGGACAGGAAAGCAGCAGCCAGUACAAGGAAAAGGAAACAUUCCCCUUCUCCACCCCCCACUCCUGUGGAGUCCAGGAAAAAGACAGGGAAGAAAGGCCAAGCAGCUCUCUAUGGGAAAAGGAGGGGGCAGAAGGAAGAGGAUGAGCAGGAGGAUCUCACCAAGGACAUGGAGGACCCCACCCCAGUGCCCAACAUAGAAGAAGUGGUACUUCCCAAAAAUGUGAACCCAAAGAAGGACAGUGAGAACACGCCCGUGAAAGGAGGAACCGUGGCAGACCUGGAUGAGCAGGAUGAGGACACAGUGGCGACUGGAGGGAAGGAGGACGAGGACCCCAACAAGGGUGACCAGAGCCGCUCCAUUGACCCUGGGGAGGACAAUGUCACCGAGCAGACCAACCACAUCAUCAUCCCCAGCUACGCCUCCUGGUUCGACUACAACUGCAUCCACGUGAUCGAGCGUCGCGCGCUUCCGGAAUUCUUCAAUGGGAAAAACAAGUCCAAGACUCCAGAAAUAUACCUGGCCUACAGGAACUUCAUGAUCGACACGUACCGCCUGAACCCGCAGGAGUACCUGACCAGCACGGCCUGCAGGAGGAACCUCACCGGCGACGUCUGCGCCGUCAUGAGGGUCCACGCCUUCCUGGAGCAGUGGGGGCUCAUCAACUACCAGGUGGAUCCCGAGAGCCGCCCCAUGGCCAUGGGGCCCCCCCCGACCCCCCACUUCAACGUGCUGGCCGACACCCCCUCGGGGCUGAUGCCCCUGCACAUCCGCACCCCGCAGGUUCCAGCUGCCCAGCAAAUGCUGAGCUUCCCUGAGAAGAACAAGGAGAAGCCAACUGACCUGCAGAACUUUGGCCUUCGCACAGACAUCUACUCCAAAAAGACUUUGGCCAAGAGUAAAGGGGCGAGUGCUGGCAGAGAGUGGACAGAGCAGGAGACACUGCUGCUGUUAGAGGCUCUGGAGAUGUACAAGGACGACUGGAACAAGGUGUCGGAGCACGUGGGCAGCCGCACGCAGGACGAGUGCAUCCUGCACUUCCUGCGCCUGCCCAUCGAGGAUCCCUACCUGGAGAACUCGGACGCCUCGCUGGGACCCCUGGCCUACCAGCCCGUGCCCUUCAGCCAGUCUGGCAACCCCGUCAUGAGCACCGUGGCCUUCCUGGCCUCCGUGGUGGAUCCGCGCGUGGCCUCGGCUGCGGCCAAGGCUGCCCUGGAGGAGUUUUCCCGGGUCAGAGAGGAGGUGCCCCUGGAGCUGGUGGAAGCCCACGUGAAGAAGGUGCAGGAAGCAGCUCGAGCCUCGGGGAAGGUGGAUCCAACCUUUGGGCUGGAGAGCAGCUGCAUCGCGGGCACCGGCCCCGACGAGCCCGACAGGAUGGAUGGAGCCGAGGAGGAGAAGAUGGAAACGGAGACAGAGGGACAGGCGGCCGAGAAGGUGGAGAACAAAGCCGAGAGCGAAUCUGAGGAGGGAGAGAAGGUCCCGGAAGGGGAAAGCGAGCGGAGCGGGGAGAAGGAGCCAGAGAGCGAAGGGGCUGCAGAGCCCAAGCCAGAGGAAAAGGAGGCAGAGGAGAACAAGGAGAACGUGGAUGGCAGCAAGGACAAAGAGGCCGAGGCUGGGAAGAAGAAAGUGGAACACGAGAUCUCGGAAGGGAACGUGGCCACAGCUGCAGCUGCUGCCUUGGCCUCUGCUGCCACCAAAGCCAAGCACCUGGCAGCUGUGGAGGAGAGGAAAAUCAAGUCCCUGGUGGCUCUUCUGGUGGAGACCCAGAUGAAGAAGCUGGAGAUAAAACUUCGCCAUUUUGAGGAGCUGGAAACCAUCAUGGACCGGGAGAAAGAGGCACUGGAGCAGCAGAGGCAGCAGCUGCUGACGGAGCGCCAGAACUUCCACAUGGAGCAGCUCAAGUACGCCGAGCUAAGGGCUCGCCAGCAAAUGGAGCAGCAGCACAGCCAGAACCCCCAGCAGCCCCACCAGCACCCCAGCGGGCCUGGCAUGGCCCCUCUGGGGACACCAGCCCACCCUGGGCUGCUGCCCCACCAGCAGCCCCCGCCAUACCCCAUGAUGCACCACCAGAUGCCACCUCCUCACCCACCUCAGCCAGGUCAGAUGCUCCCUGGACAGCCCAUGGCAGGCAGGAUGAUGUCCUCCAGCAUCCACCCCAGCCCUGGGGCUGCCCCACCCGGCAGCACCCCACCGCUGGGGCACCCCAUGGCCGGGAACCUCAUCGGGCCCCGCGUGCCGCUGGCAGCUCCCAACGGAAUGUGUAAGUGUCCUGGGGUGAUCCUGGGGUUCCUCUGCUGCUGGAAACAUCCUGGGGUGAUCCUGGGGUUCCUCCACUCCUGGAAACUCCCUGGGGUGAUCCUGGGGUUCCUCCACUCCUGGAAAAACUCCCUGGGGUGAUCCUGGGGGGUUCCUCUGCUGCUGGAAACAUCCUGGGGCGAUCCUGGGGUUCCUCUGCUCCUGGAAACAUCCUGGGGUGAUCCUGGGGGGUUCCUCUGCUCCUGGAAUCUCCCUGGGGUGAUCCUGGGUGAUUCCUCUGCUGCUGGAAUCAUCCUGGGGUGAUCCUGGGGUUCCUCUGCUCCUGGAAACAUCCUGGGGUGAUCCUGGGGUUCCUCCACUCCUGGAAUCAUCCUGGGGUUCCUCUGCUCCUGGAAACUCCCUCCAGGGUCUGUGUGCACUGCCAGGGCUGUGCUGGAAGCUCUAAGUGCUCCUCAGCCCUCUGGGCAUCCCAGCACAUUCCAGCGUCCUUUAUUUUAUUUAUAACAUCCCUUAUUUUAUUUAUAAUGCUACAGAGGCUCGGUGGUGACGAUCAAAAGCCUCUCCUGACUUAGUGGAGGGUCAGGAAUUAACUGUAAUUCCCAAAUUAGUGGAGGUCAGAGUAGGAUCCCGCUCAGUAAUUCCUCACUGGAAACUUGGCACCCUGGAAUUGGAGCAGGGAAAGUCGUGGUUAGGAGGAAGGAGAAGAUAAACCACAUAAAGAACAUUCCCAGUGUAAAAUCUGCACCUCUAAAAAUGAAGUUAAUUUAUGGCAGCCAAAAAAGCAGCUGGAUCAGGAGCUGUGGUGUGGGAGUUGCUUGGAUGAGUGUGAGAGUGUGGCCCAGCCCAGAAGGCAGAAGACAGGCUGGCACAGGAGGGAAUUAUCCAUCAGGAAUUCCUCAAUAAAUUUCCCAUUAUUAAUUGCAGCCUGGCCCAGCUGCUGCUCAGGAACCUUCACCCCCAAAACUCCCAGAGUGGCUCUCACUGGAGGAGCAGGAAUCGUCAUCACUCGUAGUACCUCUCCCAAAAAAUAAUUGGGAAAAGCCCUUUGGAUUUUGGCUGCAGCAGCAGGAGCUGCUGCGAGCUCUGACUCACGGGCGUUCCCAGCCCCAGCAGGAAAACUCCUCCUGUGCUAUUUGUGUUUGGCCAUGGCUCCUGCUCCUCUGCUCCCCCAGCUCUGCUUCAUUCUCCAGCCUCCCUCCGAGCCUUUGCCACGGGGAGUGUCUCGUGUCAGCCUGGAUUGCUGUUUGCUCUCUUCCCUUUCCUCAUUUCUCCUUUUUUCCUCCCCUGCUAAACAAGUCAGUCAUGUUCCAUUAGCAUCUCCUGUCUGUGCAGAGCCUGCCCCUGUGUAUCCCGCCUUUCUCCUGCCUCCGUGGGUUCCUCUGCUGUAACCGCCAUCCAUCCAUCCAUCAUCCAUCAUCCAUCCAUCCAUCCAUC